AUGGCAGGAGGGGGCAAUGCAGAUUUUCGUUCCUUAGAACAAACGCCCACCUGGGCUGUGGCCAUUGUUUGCUUGGGCUUUGUACUCAUUUCUAUACUCAUCGAAAAAGCUAUUCAUUUCCUGUCAAGGUGGCUCAAGAAACGCCAAAAGAAAUCACUGGGAAAAGCACUAGAAAAGAUCAAAGAAGAAUUGAUGCUGUUGGGAUUCAUCUCCCUUCUGCUUACUGUUGGGCAGAAGCCAAUUUCAAAGAUUUGUAUAUCUGAGGGCUUAGGAGAUUCUUUCCUUCCCUGUUCAAAGGAGGAGGUUUCAGCAGAGAGUGUUUCUGACAAGAUUGAAAAGUUGGCAUUACUUGCGCACCAUCGUAAGCUCCUGUUCUUAGCUUCAGAAAUACCAUUAAGGCGUACCUUGGCAAGAGAUGAGACUGAGGAUGGUCACUGUGCUAAAAAAGGGAAGGUCCCUCUGAUAUCACAAGAUGGACUCCAUCAACUGCACAUCUUCAUUUUUGUAUUGGCUGUUUUUCAUGUCUUGUCAUGUAUUGUAAUCAUGACGCUCGGAUGGGCAAAGAUGAAGAAAUGGAAAGCAUGGGAGGAAGAGACUAAAACAUUGGAUUAUCAAUAUUCUACAGAUGUUUCAAGGUUUAGAUAUACUCGUGAAACUACUUUUGGAAGGAGGCAUAUGAGCUUUUGGUCCAAAACACCAAUCCUCACUUGGAUUGUAUGUUUUCUUAGACAAUUCGUCCUAUCUAUGUCCAAAGUGGAUUACUUAACAUUGCGUCAUGGAUUUAUACUUGCUCAUUUUGCUCCACAUAGUAAUUUUGAUUUUCAAAGAUAUAUAAAGAGAUCAUUGCGGAAUGACUUUAGCGAUGUUGUAUCAAUUAGUCCACCUCUAUGGUUUUUCGCAAUCUUAUUUCUACUUCUCAAGAGGAAUGGAUGGUUCACAUUCUUUUGGCUAUCAUUCAUUCCAUUAAUUAUUCUUCUAAUAGUGGGAACAAAGUUGCAAGUUAUCAUAACGAAAAUGGCGUUGGACAUCCAAGAUAGAAAUCCUGUUGUGCGAGGAGCUCCAGUGGUGAAUCCCAAUGAUCAACUCUUUUGGUUCAAACGACCCCGCCUCAUUCUCCAUCUCAUUCAUUUUUCCCUAUUUCAGGGCGCUUUUCAACUCGCUUUCUUCUUCUGGGCAUGGUAUGAGUAUGGCCUGGAAUCCUGCUUCCACAAACAGAUCGCCAAUAUUGUAGUUAGAGUAAGCUUGGGGUAA